UCAUAACUUCUCUAAACUUCACUUUAAUGCAGAUUUAAUUAACAGAGAAAAAUAAACAUUACUAUUUACAUAAAGAAGAGUCAAGGGAGGAAACAGGCUACUCAAACGAAAAUUAUAUGGCAAUUAGAGCGUAUGAAAAAUGAGAACGUAAAGAGAAACAUGAAUGAAUGAUGCAUAACGGAAACACAAAGGAAUGAAUCUAAAGGAUGUUGGACUCGGUAGCUUCUUUGGGGUGUUCGAUUUAGUAAAUGGUGCAGGUGUUCCAAUUUUCAUAUACUGAAGAAGAAGACGAAGAAGAAGAAUAGGACGCGGUAGAAGGACGGCCAAGGACGGCGAAAUGACGAAGAAAAAACUGCACUCUUGGAUGAAACCAAAGGAAGGAAACAUUGGAGUUGAAGGAAUUCAUGUUAAAAGAUGACAUUCUGAUUCUUUCGUCUUUUCUUUUUUGUUUUGUUCUCUUUACGCAUUUAGAAUUGGUCUUGUGAGACAGAGAAUCCGGCGAUACUGAAAAUGUUGGACAAGUUGAUGAACCAUCACUCAACUGAUCAGGACUUCGAAUGCUUAAUUUUGUAUUGGUGCUAGAGCUAUCAAAGCUAAACCGAUCACUUAAACUGCUUGAGGAAAUACUCAGAUCGCAUGAAGGUACCGAAGUGGAUGAAGGCACUGUUGUUUGCAACGUAUGUCCCAGGAUUUUUUGUAUAGAUGAUUCAAAUUCAUUAAAGCUCAACGUACUGAUAUCUAAAGAUUCAUCUUGUGUCGAAAGAGACGAAGCGCUUGACCAGGAAAACCGGCUGGGCAAUUCAGAUAAAGAUGCUGCAGGCAUGGCAGAAAAAAAUUGGGCUAUUCAACGAAAUUCAUUUUGCUUAAAUAAAUUACUUUUAUAUACCAACAAAGAAACUCAUUUGGGUGAUUUAUGCUUUCCCCUGUUGUUUAGCAUGGCAUUCCUUUUUCGGUCUCCUAUGCAUACAUUACCAGCCCUGCAUCCACCCAGGUCUCUCCGACUUCCCAUAUACCCCCACACGAGACCCUGAAAGAACUAUUUAGGGACUAUGUGGGAUUCUGGUUGAGCUAUCCGUAGGAGGUCGUCUUAAGUGAGGGAGUAGUAUGCGAUGCUAUUGUUACUUCGUGGUUGAUACCUGUUCUACGAGGAUAGAAUACCAAACUGCCUCAGAAAACGAACUUUUUUGAUAAACGACGGUCUUUUAGGUUGCAGAGAAGUACUAUUUAAAGGAAACUUAGAAUUCUUUGGAAUGGAAGAUUACUUGAAAUGUUUCUGCUUUAUCUCGGGGGUCGACGAUGAACACGACAAGGUACUAGUGGUUGUAACUGCAUUCUUGAAACCGCUGCUGGAUUCUGGAGUUACUGAUAUAAUACAAAGAAUAUACGAUAGAGUACGUGAACUCGUGUCUGCCGACGAAAAUUACACAGCAGUAUUUUUUUCUCAUGAAAGCAACAUCCUUCCUUACUUGAAUUUUUGUACAAAGGCAUACAUGAAUAUGGACUAUUAUUUACACAAGCGCGUUAAAGCUGUUCAUGUAGUGCACUCGGAUUGGGUGUCUCGCAUGGCUAUCCGUACGCUGCUUAGUUUUGUGAGUCCAAAGUUUUACCAAAAAUUCCAUUAUAGUUCCUCACUCUCUCAUCUUGCAAAGCAUGUUCCGCUUCAACAAUUAAAACUCCCAGUCAUGAUUUAUGAAUUUGAUCGCACGAUUGAGCCUCGGAUUUUUUCGAAUGCUAGCAUCCAGCAAAAAUCGUCGAUGAACAGUUAUUCUUUUCUUACCCCCAUACAAAAGUGGUCUCGGCCUCCUAAUGCGUUGAUUGAUGCAUGCAGAGUGAUUCGAAACUCUUUAGAUGUGCAAGGUUUGUUUCGCCGAUCAUCUUCUAAAAAGCACUUGGAUAUUCUCAUUGAAUUAUACGAAAAUCAAUGCAUCGUCGAUCUUGAAAGCUUUGGUGUGUUUUCCGCCUGUGCAUUAAUCAAGUAUAUCUUUCGCUCAACGAGCAUGCCUUUGUUUACCAAUACGUUCGUUGAAGACCUGUCGAAAGCUCAAGACGAGUAUCUCCAUGAAACGAAUGAUUCCCUCGUGUUUCUACGGGCAUUUGUAGAAAGAAAUAUGGACGAAACCUCUCAAAAGGCCGCAAGAUACAUUUUCUCUCUUUUAUUCGAAAUAGACAAGCAUCAAGAAGAAAACCUCAUGAAUUCCCAAAACUUGAUCAUUUGUGUAGGCCCAUCUUUUCUCCAGUCCAACGAUAUAACUUCGUUGUUGGUCAUGAAAGAAAAAGAGUCCGGACCUUACUUUAAAUUUUUACAACUUUCAAUUUUGCAUUGGAGGGAAAUAUUUACAAUUUCGGAGAAUUGGGAUGUGUAUUUGUAAUGCAGAAAUGCUGGGGUCUUUUUCUUUCUACAUACAAGAAAAGCAUAAAGCAUGUCCUUUUAUUUAUUCAUUUUAUUCAUAGAGUGAUUAAAUUAAUGAUGUGUUCAAUGUUAAUGGUAAGCUAUGUUAUUUCUCUCCUGAUUGAAAACGAAAUGGGGUUUCAAUUGUAAUGGUACAUAUAAUAAAGAAAGCAAACACGAAUA